CCACACUGGUUACGCAAAAGGUCGCACAUUUCUUUGUUGGAAUUUUCUUGGCUUGUCUCGUUUUUCGCUGCAUAUACUUUAAAACGGUUGAAACCAGGAUUCGUCUAGACAUACACAUUUUUUUAUAAAUUAAUAUAAGUUAAAAAAGAGAAAGUUAAGUGUUUUUGUUAAAAAUGCCAGCCGUUGUUCGUAUAAAACGUAGAAUUGAUGAGGAGCCGCUUAGUGCAUUCAUAUUAAAUAGCAAGAAACGACGCCGUUUAGAAGAUAACACAGGAGAGGAAGCAGCAGAAGAGGCCGCAGGUACUGCUGCAGGGGUAGGCGCUGGUGUUAAUGGGGCUUUAAGUGACAAAGAAGACGAAGUAUCAACAAUACUCAAAUUUGCGGGCACAAUACAGGAUCAGGAUGAUGGCGCCACUACGCAGUUGGCGCGACUUACAAAAGAAGCUGCCAAAGAACUUGUGCUACAGAAAUCUAUGCGAGCACCUAGUAAUCAUACCGAACGUGCAAGACAGGAAAUGCGGCAAGCAUUGCACGAGAGCCGGUUCCGUGUAGUCAAUUGUAUGCGUACCACACUAGAAGACGCAAAUGCAGCUGAAGCGGCAAAAGAAGUGACAAUUGUCGAUAUUGAAAAGCAAGAGGCUGGCGCACAAGCAGACAACGUGCCAACGUCCGCUACGCCAGAUGGACAAGCACAUUUGUCACAGAAUGUUGCACAACAACAACGAAAACAGACAAUAGAUGGGGAUGCGCAGCAUUUCCCCGCACAUGACACGCAUAAUGCACAGCAAGCGACUGACUCUGACACAGGCUACGUAUAUGAUUUAUAUUUGCCAGAAAAUGAAUUGCAAGUGGAAUAUGCUGAUAUGAUGGACGAUAACUAUUUAAGCAUUCGCCCAUACGAUGAUCUAAUCUAUGAAGAUCGUUUUAAUGAUGACGAAGAUGAGGAUUCGGAGGAUUCAAAUAAUGAAAACUAUUAUACAAAUGAUUAUCCCGAUGAGGACGAUGAUAAUGAGGAUUAUAAGGAUUCCUUUGAUCAUGAAGACAUAGAUGCAAUGGCAUUGGGUAUGCGGCACAUGCGUAUGGGCAUUCAGCAAGGUUACAUUCACACUUUUGAUGACGAUGACUCUAGCGUAUCCGGCUGUGACGAUUCCUCUGAUGAUGUUUACUAUGAUGAUGAAGAUCUUAUAUUUGGACGAAGUAAUAGGCGUAAUCAUGGCGGUGCUGAUGAUGAAGACGACGAGGAUAAUGAUGAUGAUGACGUCGACUAUUAUGAUGCUGGCGGUAAUAGCGAGGAUUCGGAUGCCUAAAUUAAAGGACUUGUUCAUUUGGAGUAACAUUUGAUUUUAAUAAAUCAGUCAAACUUAUUUAUUUAUGUACGCUUUUUUCAAUACCUAUGUAUUGGUUUUGUAAUACGUCAUUUAGUUUGUUAACUGGAUUUGUGUUUUAAUAUUUCUUUUGCGUUUUUUGUAAGUUCUUAUUAUUUCAUUAUACUCAGUACAUAUACAUACAUAUAGUAUACAUACUAUAUUUGCUAAAAGACUCGAUAAUAUUGAAUAUUAACAUAAUAAUUAAUAAAAUAUAGAUAUGAAUGUUUUGAAAAUAAACGAAA